UGUCAUAUUAUGUUGAUUCAUGAGAGCAGCAAAACUGUUCAAAUGAGAGGAGAAAGACAUCUAAAUUAAAGUAUAUAAACAUGAAAUAAACUUUCCAUCUGCUUCAUCAUACAAGAUGUUCCUGAGACCUGUGUGUCUAGUGCUGUUGGUUGCCUGCCUUGCUGUGGCCGAUGACAGUGACGACCACCGUGACUCACGCGGUGAAAUUGUGCAGUGCAUCCCGCAUGAGUGCAACAAGCCCUGCAACCCUCCACCAUACUACUGCCCCUCAGGAGUUGUAAAGAACUGUGGUUGCUGUGAUGUAUGCUGGAUACACUUGAAAAAUGGAGAAAGGUGCCACAAGAAAGUUCCCGAAAACACAAUGUGCGGGCCACAUUUAGUGUGUGGUUCUAAAGGUGUGUGUGUGCCCCUGGCUAGAGAAAAUGUGGAAGAUGAUGAAGACAGCUCCGAUAGCUUGAACAGCUCUGAGUAAGACCCUGCAUACAAAAAAGCAAUGCCGUGCUUGCACGUAACUUCUAUAAGUUUUAAUAUUUUUCAGGAAG